AAAAUAUUAUAGGUUAGUUGCGGUAACUAAACAAGUUUUACAAGUUGACUGUUGACAUUGCAAGAAAAUGAAAAUGUUAUUAAAUUAAUAUCAACAAAGUUACGAAUAUAGUACUGGUUAUACUUUAAGUGAACAUUUUAUAAAAUAACUGUAGACAAAAAAUGCCUCCUACGAUCCAAACAGGAUCCACUCCACCCUCGUCCACUGCGCCACCAGUGUCAACAAAACCCGUGGAAAAAAGGUCAGAUUUGUUAUGCAAAGUGAAAUAUUGUAAUACAUUACCGGACAUUCCUUUUGAUUUGAAGUUCCUUGCAUAUCCCUUCGAUGCAACAAGGUUUAUACAGUAUAACCCAACUUCGUUGGAAAGAAAUUAUCGAUAUGAGGUAUUAACGGAACAUGAUAUGGGAGUUGGAAUCGAUCUUAUCAACAAAGAUAUAUAUGCUAUUGAACCAGGAGCAGUGUUAGAUCCUGCUGAUGAAAAAUUACUGGAGGAAGAUAUUCUCACUCCCCAAGAUUCUAAAAGAUCACGUCAUCAUGCCCGUUCAGUGUCUUGGUUGCGUCGUACAGAAUAUAUUUCUACCGAACAAACUAGAUUUCAGCCUCAAACUAUGGAUAAGGUGGAAGCCAAAGUAGGAUACAGUAUUAAGAAGAAUCUGAAAAAUGAAACGUUAUACAUGGACCGAGACUCUCAAAUUAAAGCUAUUGAAAAAACAUUCGAUGAUUCUAAAGAGAAGGUUGAAAAGCACUAUAGUAAACCAGGAGUUACUGCUGUUGAAGUUUUACCGGUUUUCCCAGAUUUUGUAUUAUGGAAGUAUCCUUGUGCUCAAGUUAUCUUUGAUUCAGAUCCUGCACCAAUUGGUAAACAGGUUCCUGCACAGAUAGAGGAAAUGUCGCAAGCUAUGAUACGAGGUGUGAUGGAUGAAAGUGGUGAGCAGUUUGUUGCUUAUUUCUUGCCUACAGAUGAAACUCUAUCUAAAAGGAGGGAAGAUUUUGCCAAUCAAAUACAAUAUCAAGAUGAUGAGGAAUAUGAAUAUAAAAUGGCAAGGGAAUACAACUGGAAUGUUAAGAGUAAAGCUAGUAAAGGUUACGAAGAAAAUUACUUUUUGGUGAUAAGACAAGAGGGUGUAUAUUAUAAUGAACUUGAAACAAGAGUAAGAUUGAAUAAGAGAAGACAAAAAGUUGGUCAACCCCAAAGUAAUACAAGGUUGGUGGUUAAACAUAGACCUAUGGAUGCUAAUGAAUUCAGAAUGCAGAGAUACAGAGAAAAGCAGUUAGAACCACAUGGUGAUGAUGAAGAGGAAGAAGUUGAAGAAACUCAAAAUAACAUACAAAAAGAUAAACCUAAGGAAGAUAAUGAUGAAACUAUUGAAAAUGUAGAAAAUAAUGGAAAAGAAGCAGAGGAGCAAAAUUCAAGAGCAUCCUCAAGGUCGUCUCGAAGAUCGAGAUCUCGUUCCAAAUCUCGAUCUCCUUCUGGCUCUCCAGCAAAGUCGCGUUCAAAAUCGCGAUCAAAAUCUCCUUCUCGUUCAAGAUCAAGGUCAAAGUCAGCUUCAGGUUCCGAGUCUGGAUCAGAAUCGAGAUCUUCUAGAUCACAUUCAAGAUCUAAAUCCAAGUCACCAUCAAAAUCAAGGUCUGUUUCCAGAUCAAAAUCGAGAAGCAAAUCAAAAUCAAGAAGUAGAUCAAAAUCGAGAAGCAAAUCGAAAUCAAGAAGUAGGUCAAAAUCAAGAAGCAGGUCAAAGUCAAGAAGCAGAUCGAAAUCUGGAUCACGAUCAAGUUCAAGGUCAAGGUCUGCAGGAGGUUCAGAUUCUGAUAGUGAUAAGAGUGGAAAAUCUGAUAGUGAGUAGAAACAUUGAGGCUCACCAUAAAUUCAUUCAUUACUUUUAGUUUCAAUAUUUGUGAAUAAUUUCAUGUUAGAAUGAACAUCUUAUUUUAUUUGUUAAUCCAUUCUAUGUUGCAGUCUUCAAUAAAUCAUGAAAUAAGAA